AUGGCACCGCUGGGUGCCCGCUGCCGCCCGUCAUCCGCCGCCGCGGCCGCCAGGGGGCGCCGCGCCCUCUCGGAUUCGGGCGCGAGGGGGCUCGGCGCGGGCGCGGCUCUCAUUGGCUGGCGCGGCCAGGCAGGGCCCGCGGCGCCGCUUCUUAACGGGGGCGCGGGGCGGCCGCGGCGCUGUGCCGGGCGGGUGCUGCGAGCCGGGCUGCCGCGAGCCGCGCUGCGCGACAUGAGCGAGAGACAAGGAACCGGAGCUGCAAAUGGAAAAGACAAGGCAGCUGGUGAGAAUGAUGGGCAGAAGAAGGUUCAAGAAGAAUUUGACAUAGACAUGGAUGCGCCAGAGACAGAGCGGGCAGCUGUGGCGAUACAGUCCCAGUUCAGAAAAUUCCAGAAGAAAAAAGCGGGGUCCCAGUCUUAGUAGCUACCUCACAGCUUUAAAAUGCAGUAACCCUAAAAUGAUUUAUCAAGCAAAUCCGAAGUAACACAAAGAUGCAUGUACAGAAAGUAUCGCUAUUUAAACCCCCCGUGGCAGAUACCAAACCAUGAGCUUGCGUGUGUGACUUUAUCCCAGAUGUUUCACGCCCAUUAUCCUCUGUAACUCGUCGUUUCACUCGAUGUUGUAAUAAAAAGUUAGGGUGAAGUAAUUAAA